AUCUCAGCUAGCAAUCCGCAAGCAAACUCAUCACUGCCGAAAACUCAAGAACGAAUUCUUAUUCUAAAACAAAUAUAUAAUUUGCAAAAGUUUCACAUUCUAUACAAGUAUAUACAAAAUGCGUUCCUUCAUCGCCGUCUGCAUUGUUGCCUUGGCCGUCUUGGCCAUCAACAUGUGUAGCUUCAGCGAGGCAGCUUACAGGAAGCCUCCAUUCAAUGGUAGCAUCUUUGGCAAGCGUAAUUCACUGGAAUAUGACAAUGCCAAGGCUAUCACUGCAAUGUGCGAAAUCGCUUUGGAGGCCUGCCAGUCAUGGUUCCCACAAGGCGAAAGCAAAUAAGCGCAAAGCAACCUCGCUCGAAUGCUCGUUUAUCUAACCACAGCUCCUUAAAACUCGCGAUCAUUAUUCGCAACGCGGAAAACAUUGUAGCAUUUAUAUAUAUAAAUAAUUAACAAGGCUUUGAAAGAGUAUACAUAGAAAUAUGCAUAAACCCUAAGAUUGUAAUA